AUGAACCAUAAGCAUUUUUCUUUUUUGAUGCAACUUUGUCAACAGCAUGUCCAUCUCCUCUUCCCUCAGUCUGUAUUCCAGCCAGCUUUAAACUGCCACCACAGAUCUGUCAUCAUGACGGCAGAGGAGACAAUCAGCAUCAAGGAGGCGGAGGUGAUCAAGGUGAUGCUGGACUUCCUGAACUCCAGGAAGCUGCACAUCAGCAUGCUGGCCUUAGAGAAGGAGAGCGGCGUCAUUAAUGGACUCUACUCUGAUGACAUGCUCUUCCUCAGGCAACUCAUUCUGGACGGCCAGUGGGAGGAGGUGAUGCAGUUCAUUCAGCCUCUAGAAGGAAUGGACACGUUUGACAAGAAAAGGUUCCGCUACAUCAUUCUGAAGCAGAAGUUUCUGGAAGCUCUGUGUGUAAAUAAUGCCAUGUCUGCUGCCGAAGACCCUCAGAAUCUGGAGCUCACCAUGCAAGUGGCAGUCAAGUGCCUCCACAAUCUGGAGGAGUUCUGUCCGACUAAGGAGGACUACAGCAAGCUGUGUCUCCUCCUCACCCUGCCACGCCUCACCCACCACGCAGAGUUCAAAGACUGGAACCCAAGCACGGCACGUGUCCAUUGCUUCGAGGAAGCCUGUGCCAUGGUAGCGGAGUUCAUCCCUGCAGACAGGAAGCUGAGUGAGGCAGGCUUCAGGGCAAGCGGGAACCGUCUCUUCCAUCUGCUGAUCAAAGGGAUCCUUUAUGAGUGCUGUGUCGAGUUCUGUCAGAGUAAAGCAACUGGUGAGGAGAUCACAGAGGGUGAGGUGUUGCUCGGCGUGGAUUUGCUUUGUGGGAAUGGCUGUGAUGAACUGGAUUUGUCACUGCUCUCCUGGCUGCAGAACCUCUCUCCAGGUGCCUUCUCCUGCGCCUUCGAGCAAAAGACCCUCAACAUCCACGUGGACCGUCUGGUGAAGCCCAGCAAGGCCGGCCACGCCGACCUCCUCACUCCAUUAAUCAACCGCCUGUCCCCCUGCCCUACCUCACCCUUCCACCAGAGGCCUCAUUCCGCAGACACCUACAUGUCCAGAUCCCUCAACCCGGCUUUGGACGGCCUGUCCCACGGUCUGGCAGCCCAUGACAAGAGAGGCAUGGAGGCAAACAUGAAGUCUGCCCUCAGUAGGAGCUUAGUGGAGAAUAAUGUGCAUCAGCAGGAUGAUUCACCUGAGAGGAAGCACCCACAAGGGCUGGAUGGACCCAACACCACACGCAUGCCUCUGACCCCUGGAAAAGAUGGUGGGCCACCCUGCAGCACAGAAACAAAUGAGCAUCUUGACUCCACAGAGCACAUCCAGGAGUAUCACAGGCACCGUCUCCGUGUGCAGCAGCAUCUGGAGCAGAAGCAGCAGCAGAGACAGCUUUACCAGCAGAUGCUGCUGGAGGGAGGGGUGAAGCCGCAGGACGGAGCCCAAAACAACCUCACUGAGACCUUCCUCAGCAGAUCCAUUCAGAAGUUGGAGGAGAUGAAUGUGGGCAUUGACCACAGAGGAGAUGAGGGGAUGACACAUCUAGGCCGGCAGUGGAACGGACUGACAGGGAACACCAGCACUUCCAGUCCUAGAACCACCAACACCCACCACACCCCAGACACCAGGCCGCCAAAGGACAAGCCAGGAGGGGGAGUGAGCAGCACCCCGUUAAGGACCGGGAACCCCAGCUUGCCUUCCCUCAGCGAGUCCCCAGUUCCUGCCAGUCAGAGUGCUGAGAGGAUCAGAGGGUCUUGUCCCACAGUACAAGAUGAUUCUGGCUGCUCUGCAACACGUAACUCACAAGAGCCAGGGAAGUCCAAAACACAGUUUGUUAAAGUGAGCCAGCUCGAGGACACACAGGCAGUGCGUGCAGUGGCCUUCCAUCCCUCUGGAGCACUUUAUGCUGUCGGCUCCAACUCAAAAACCCUGAGAGUCUGUGCCUACUCCGAAACACUGACCACCAGUGGUUCUGGUGCAGUCAAGCAGCCAGUGGUGCGCUUCAGGAGGAACAAACAUCACAAGGGCUCAAUCUACUGUGUAGCCUGGAGCCACUGUGGACAACUGUUGGCUACUGGCUCCAAUGAUAAAUACGUCAAAGUCUUGCCUUUCAAUGCAGACAGCUGCAAUGCCACAGGCCCAGACCUGGAGUUUAGCAUGCAUGACGGUACCAUCAGGGACCUGGCUUUCAUGGAGGGCCCUGAGAGUGGAGGAUCCAUCUUGAUCAGUGCCGGGGCUGGAGACUGCAACAUCUACACAACAGACUGUCAGAGAGGACAGGGCCUUCAUGCCCUGAGUGGACACACCGGUCACAUUCUGACUCUGUACACAUGGGGAGGGUGGAUGAUCGCCUCUGGCUCCCAGGACAAGACAGUCCGGUUCUGGGACCUGCGGGUGCCCAGCUGUGUCAGGGUGGUGGGCACAACUCUGCACGGCUCAGGAAGUGCAGUUGCUUCAGUGGCAGUGGAUCCCAGCGGCCGCCUGCUGGCCACAGGUCAGGAGGACAGUACCUGCAUGUUGUAUGACAUCAGAGGAGGCCGCAUAGUCCAGACAUACCGCCCCCACAGCAGUGACAUUCGCUCAGUGCGCUUCUCACCUGGAGCCCAUAAUCUCCUCACCGGCUCUUAUGACAACAAAAUUAUCAUCAGUGACCUUCAAGGUGACCUAACAAAGCCCCUCCCUCAGACGGUGGCAGGGGAGCACUGGGACAAGGUGAUCCAGUGCAGGUGGCACCCCCAUGACCAGACCUUCCUCUCCUCCUCUGCAGAUCGAACUGUCGUCCUCUGGGCACCAGGCCCCUGAGUUAUUCACCAGAGAAACACUGGUUAACAACAGCAGCAGCAGCAGGAAGCACAAGAGCACAGCGUCCGAAUACAUCCCAGCAGGGGAUCACUAACUGCUGCAGGGUGUGUGUAUGUGUGUGUUCAUGUGCAUACAUACCGUGAGCAUCAAGCUGUUUAUGCUGCUCAGUUUAGAGUUAACUGUGUAUGUGUGUUUGUGUGUGUGUGUCUGCAUAUGUGUGUGUAUAUAAAUUGUGUGACAGAUGUGUUUUUGAGGUCACUUUAAAGAUGACAGUCUUGAUUGUGCGUGUGUUUGCAUACUACUGUUUAUGUCUUUGUGAGUAUGCGUCGGCGUGUGUGCAAGCAAACGCAGCAUUCUGGAAAUAUGUGUUUGUAUUUGGCUUUGCAGUUUGAGUGUAAUUAAAGUAAAACAAAUUAAAGGAGACUAAUACGAAUAUUUUACAAAUGCCAUAAAAAUAGGAAAGAUGGAGCAUUAAUGUUUCUAUUCAGAAUUCAUGUGAGGUUCAGUACCUAUUUAGGGUGUGUGUGAGUGUGUGUAUUCACUUAAUACCUAAAUGCUUUUGGCUUUUGUAAGUAGAGCAUAAAGAUGAACUCUUUGGAGCCUACACACAUGUAGUUAGAAUAUAAAGAUGACUGAUAAUGCCUGUAUUGAAAGGCAUGAGGUAAGUUCACUGCAAGCACACCUUCAAGUUUAUUUAGUUCUUUUCUCACAAUGCCAAACUACAUUUUAGUCAGCCAUAGUCAGACCUUGGUACAAAACAUGAAGGUCACUUUAGAGGGGAUGUUGGUGCAACAUAUAGCACUGCUGUUUCUAUAGGAAGCAGUGAGCUGGACUCUAUGUUGUGGAAAGAAGCCAUGUUUGGUUAUGCAUAUCAUAAUGUGCCUUUUUGUAACAUUUGUAGAGAUUUUUGGAUGUGUGGAUUGAUUGAGAGAUUUAUUUAUUUGCAGCUUUAUUUUGGUAUUUUCUCAUAGGCCUUGUCAUCUGUAAAUGUGUGUAAUGUCACUGAAAAUGAUCACCCAUUGGCAUUUGUGCACACUUGUAUAAAUUCCCAAAGUGUUUUUCACUAUGUCUGUUACUAUUGAAAAAGUGAGAGUAAUUAGCGCUUUACACAAAUGUUGAAAAUACAUUAUGAUCAAGUUUGGAAUUUCAGUGGUGAACAAAGUCAUUUGUAAAUGUGUCUCAGACAAAAACUUUUAUAUCAAUGUUGUGUUCCAAACAGACUAAAUAGAUUAAUUGAUAAAUUGAUAAACAUGGGGAUAAGUCAAUUUUGGGUCUGAAGUUUUAGAAACCUGUUUUUGUGGAUUCUGGCACUUGAUGUGUAAGUUCAUAGUAUCUAGUCGUUGCCCCCAAAACAACCCAGAUUUUUAAAACAAAGAUGGAGAGUAAGGAGUCAUGAGAACAGGGUGGUCCUGAGGAAUGUUAGGGAUAUAGAGUAAACUUUAAAAUGGACAGAAUGUCUCAGACUGACAACAUCUAUCUCCUAUACACAACGACCAAAGAAAUGACAGAAAGUGUUGGCAGGCUAAAGUCAAGACAAUGGUAAUGAGGCACUUGAAAGAUAGGAAUGCUCUUCACUGCACAAUGUGAAAUGACAAAUCUGGUCACAUCUUUAACUUUUACAAAUAAGGAUCUGAUUUUAUCUUCACUUUUACUGAGCCCCUAUGCAGAAACCUGAUGGACGUGGGAGAGAAUGUAUGUCAUGACUUAUCCUAUUAUGCAUCAUAUUUUACAUUAUCUGUGGCUCACAAUGGAAUAUUCUGUAUCGUUUUAAACAAUGUUUGUGCACACACAAAUGUGUAAUGACAAAACAAUAAAUUAACUGUCAAGGGGUCAAUGGGGUUUAAACUGUUAAAAUAAUAAAAUAGUGGCUGUCUAACACUA